AUGUGGCCGCCAUCAGCAGCGGUCGGACUGACGGCACGCCCCGUCCAACGGCAACAACCGCCGCAGUCCCCGAAGGAGCAGCAACAGGUGCAGGUUCAGGUCACGGCAUCCCCGGAGAGGGUGCAAAUCCAACAUCCGCCAAGGUCACCGCACGAUCACCACCCUAGGCGGACAAAGACGGGAGGACGCGGAACCGGAGGAACAGGGUUGGGGAAGGCAAAGCUUUGGGUGUCAGCCGGCGCGCCACCGAAGCCGUUGUUGCCUGUCACGGAGCGCACGUCACAUGAGGAGGUGCUGGCUGGGCGACGGGGGAAGAAGAGUAGCCAGGACGAUGGCGAGAAGUGGGAUAUUACCCCCGAUGGGGGUUCGGCUGGCCGCGAGGGGAGGCAGUUCGCUGUGGCCAAUGUCGGGAACAACGGCCGCAUAUUUCUCAGGCCAACUGUCCGACCAGCAAACCAGCGGUACCCACAACCGCCUUUUGUCUUCCCCAUGACGCCUCCUGGGACGGCCGGACUCGAAAACCUGGCAUCCGAACAACGACUCGAGCUUGAACGCGACGCCCAAGCCGACCUUCCACCUCGGGAUUGGACGCCAUCACAGCCCCCGUUAUCAUCAUCGCCGAGCCUACUGGGAAGGGGUCACCCGGGGGACAAGCAGGCACGGAUCCGCCAAAGGCACCGCCGGGCGAUGUCGGACUCGACGAUUCCGGAUACGAGCAUUGCGCGGGAAUCGGAACCGGGGGGUUUCAAGGUGGUCAUCACACAACCCGGGGACGACCAACGGCCACGGACGGUGGACGAGAAUGACUUGAACCAGGUGCCACCGCUGCUGGAGGUGGCCAUUCCGUCAUGGAGGAUAGGCACGCCCAGGUUUAGCAUCCGGGGGACACCGUUUAUUCGGGGCUCGUCGUAUGCUCCCACGGAGGAGGCGCGCACUAGCAGUACCUCGUUCCUGCGUCUGACGCCGUUGGACGGGCAGUCGAGUAAUGGACGGAGGAGGAGCUUCUUCCGCUCAUCGGGGAUGUUGUCCCCUUCGCCCGAUCCUUCGAACCCGAUGGGUUACGGUCCGGCUCGGCUCCCGAUGCGGCCGCGAAUACCGUACGUCUUGUCGCACCUCGUCAUUGAGCCGGCGAUGUUUGACGACCUCACAUUCGGCCCUGCAUGUGACGACCGCACGAUUGUACGGUACUCCACGGCGGGUGCUGUUACGGCGGCUACACCACCACGGCUCGUGGCGGAAAUCACGUCGCCGAGCUUUGUCGAUUACGAGUUGUUGUCUGAUUUCUUUCUAACGUACCGCUCGUUCUUGGAGUCCUCGGACCUGGUCCGCAUGCUAUUUGCCCGACUCCGAUGGGCGCUCAGCAGAGCGGAUGAGGUCGGCCAGGUGGUUCGGGUGCGCACCUUCGUUGCGCUGCGCCAUUGGAUCCUGAACUACUUUAUGGACGACUUCCUGGUGGACUACAGCAUCCGCGUCACGUUCUGCAGUCUGCUGAACGAACUGAUGGACGACUUUGCGCAAGACCCCGCCGCGCGCAAAGUACCUCUCAAGAUCCUGGCCGAGCUGAAGAAGUGUUGGCGGCGGGUGUGUACUCAGUUCUGGGACGGGCCGGAGUUUGAUACGGCGCUGGGGCCGGAUGUGCCAGUCACACCCGGGGGCAUCGCAGGGAACCGUGAUUCACGGCUGGAUCCAACGUUUUGGGCGGAGAACAACGCGGAACCGCCCCAGCUGGAGGACUUGAUCUUUCCUGCCAGCCCGCGCGGACACAUCAGUUUCUACGGGGGUGUAGCGAGGGCGGGUCAUAUCGAUGCCGUUGUAGCGGGGGAUCGGCCGGCCACGCCAGAGAAUGGGGCAGAUGCCGAUAACGCGGCGGCGAGGAACGGAGCGAUCUCGCCGACGAGUAUCACGAGUGUGGAUGUGGUCUCGUGCUCGUUCCCAACCAAGAGCAUGCGGCCGAUGCGCCCAGCGGCCGGUUACCCGGCAGCUCACCCCGUUAACCCAUCGUCCAUGACCACCAUGGGCCCCGUCGCUACGACACCGCGCGCUCUCAUGGGCAAGCGUGCUGCGCGCCACAUGCCUCACAAACGAAGCGGCAGCUUGAGCGAUUCCCUGCGGGAGAACCCGACAACUGAGAAGGGCAUUUACAAAAACGCCGAGUUCUUGUUGACGCUUCCUUAUAGCGGCAGCCUAGUCCGCGGGGAUAUCAUGCCCCCGUCCCAGGCGCUCGUCGAAGUCCACCCGCCGAACAUGAACGACGCGCGACACACCACCAUCUUCCAACACCCGCCUGCUGACCUCACCGACAAAGAGGAUGCGUCGGCCAUGUCCGGACAGGGCAUGAAGAAGCUGCUAGGGAGCGUGCGAAGAGCGCUGAGCACCAAGGGCCAGCAGCACUUGUCGCCUACGCAGGGCACGUUUGGCAGUGUGAUCGCACCAGACAUGCCCCGCGGCGCGACCACUAACCGGUUGCCGGGCACACCGAUUGUUCCGCAGUUCCAAGGGUAUCAUCGGGCGCGUGGCGGGCGGCCGCCGGUGAGGAUUGAUUUGUUGGGGGCGGAGGUCGCGGAGGAUUUUAAGAAGGCUGUUAGGGAGGACUCGCUGGCGCAGUCGGAGCAGUCGGAGCAGAAUUCGGAGCGACAGUCGGAGCAACAGUCGCCUGUUCGUGAGGAUGCCGAGCAACAACCGGCUGGUCUUGCUAUUCAGGGCCAGGGCUCGUCAGACACGCAUCUGCAUCCGGCUGGGUAUGGUCAUGGUCACGGGCAUGAUUACGUGUUGAAUCGGCCGACAAGCGAUAUGGGCAUCACGACGGGCAGCCAGUCGAUUGUCAUUGUGGACGACACGUAUUUGGGUGGAGGAGAGUAUCCCGUCAUGACGGGUGCUAUUGGGGUUGCAAAUUCGGGCAUGGAGGGGUACAGCGAGGGAUUCGCGGUGAAUGGGGCUGCCGAUCCAACUCCGCCGAAUACGCCGCCGGGCCAGGCCAUCGGGGUAGACGGGGAGACGUAUCUACUCGACCAGCACGUACCUCAUCAUCACCAUCCAUCGGCCUCCGAUCCUCUACCACCGUUUGUCCCGGAUAUGGAAACCUUGGGAAGGUCGGAGCGGCCGUCGGAAGAUCAACCUCGGCCUUCGUCUGACUUUUUGCGCGAGAUGGAAAAUCAUACUCAUACCCAAUCUGUCGCUGUUGGCGAACAGGCGUGGGGGAGGCCAGAGUCAAACUCAAACCGGUCGUACGCAUCCGACCCUUCCUACGCUGAGCACCCUUCCUACACUUUAGAUCCCUCGCAACGCCGAACACGGCGCGCGUCGAUAGCCAGCGGCGUGUACCGCGAGCCGACAGUCCGCAGUUUCGAUGCUACAACUGUCUCUGGCCAGUCUGAUAUCUAUGGCCAGUUUGAGAUCUACGGUCAGCCUCAGGGUUACAGCCAUGACAACGACAGCCAUGACAACGACAGCCACGAAGACGAUGACGACAUGACAGCCCCCGAACCACUCCGCGUCCUGCGCCGACGACCUGGUGGGGACCUGCGCGCCGUGACUAACGUCAACGACCUGGACCUGGCUAUGGCAAGGCGGCUGCAGCAGUCGGUCGCAUCCCUGACGACCUACACCGAUUCCAUUGGCAGUUCGUACGGUGGCGCGCAGAGCAUCAUCGUGGCCGAGUCUAGCGGAUAUGUCGACGUUGUGGCGAGCGACGCGUCGCCCGUGCAUGCUGAGACGUUUUCGCUGGGGGCGAUGGCUGAGAAGAAGAUGAUGGAUAAGGUGAAAAACAAAGAGGAGGGUACGCCAACACCGAAACAGAACCUGUCGCUGUUUAGCACGCACUCGUCCAAGCCGAUUAUGCGGCCGUCGUUUGAGGCCGAGGCGCAGAAGUUGGCGCUGAUUCCGGAUGAUUUGGAUGAUGAUGGGGGGGUGGAGGCUGCGUUGUUGAAGUUGGAGGGGAAAAUUCCGACUCGGAGGCCUAGGCCAAAGUUGUCGAUGGAUUUGAGGAGGGGGGUUGUGGCGCCUGUGGAGGUGCAGCCCGUAGAGGUAUCGCAGGAGGGCGCGCACGAGCAGGAAAUGUUGCAGGAGGUGUAUGUUGGUGUGGAGGAGGUGGAUGAUGAUGGGAUGGAGGAGGAGGGGGGGGCAUACCUGGGGAAUGAGCAGCAGCCUCCACCCUCGUCAUCGACGACGACCACGCCCACCCGGAACGCCAAGUUGCUGGACCCAACAAACGGCCAGGGCCGCCACAGUCUCGUCCAGUCUUUUCUCUCCGACGGCUCGUUGGUGUCCUACACCUCCACCCCGCUUCUCGACCGCGGCCUGACCGACGAUGGACGCAGCCGACGGACCGCCACGCAGGAGUGGACCGACCGAUCGAUACUCCAGGACCCGGAGGAGGACCCUGCCAUGCCGACAGAGCAGCAGAGCAUGACCGAUUCCCAGCACCCGUCGUAUGAAUUUGUCAGUCGGACUGAGAGUUUGGGGUUGAUCCGGCAGGGCACGACGUUGGCUGGGGAGUUGGAGACGGCGGAGAGUGUCGAGCAAUCGUUCCUGGAUAUUGAUAGUGAUAACGACAAUGCGAGUGUCAUCUCGUCGGAGCUGUCGGCGGAGGAGGUGAUGGUCGAUGAGGCGGUGGAUGAUGGGUUUUCCUCGGGGGAGAUUGGCGUCGCGCUGUCUACGAUGCCGUCUCAUUUGUUGAGGGAGGAAGAGGCUCCUGUGCGGCCUGCGUCGCCGAGGAUCACGCUGAUGCAGGCUUUGCGGAUGCCCCGCGAGACGGAACACCAUCAUCAGAAGAUGGGUUCUGCUGGCAACCGGCCGCCCAUGCCGUUGUUGACUCCUGAGACUACCCCGACUACCGGCGCUGCCGCGGCGUCGUUUGUCCAUUCCCCGGUGUCACUCACCGAUCCUACCGUUAAGGACUCUCCACUCCCGGGGUCGCUGAACAACAAGUACUCGGUACAUCUACCGUUCAUCCUCGCCUUCGACAGCGACAUGCUAGCACAGCAGUUCACGCUGGUCGAAAAAGACGCCCUCAACGAAAUCGACUGGAAGGAACUCAUCGACAUGCGCUGGAAGAACGCCGACCAAAACACCGGCAAUCGCAACAGCGCCGGCAACGGCAGCAGCGGCUGCGCCUACAUCCGCAGCUGGGUCUCCUUCCUCCGCGACACCGACGCCCGCGGAGUCGAAGUCGUCAUCGCCCGCUUCAACAUCAUGGUCAAAUGGGCUGUCUCCCAAGUCGUCCUCACCCGGGACAUCGAAGAGCGCGCCCGCUGUCUGAUCAAGUUCAUCCAUAUCGCCGCCCACUGCCGGCGGUACCGCAACUUUGCCACCAUGAGCCAGAUCGCGAUCGCGCUGACUAGUAAUGAGGUGGGCAGGCUGGCAAAGACCUGGGCUAUGGUGCCUGUUGCCGAUCGGAAGACAUUGCGCGAGCUCGAGGCGCUGGUGUCCCCGACGAGGAAUUUCUAUAACAUGCGUGCCGAGAUGGAGGGUGCGUCGCAGUACUCCCUCUCCCCCAACGGCCGCGGCAGCGGCCACAGCACCGGCAGUGCCAGUGACCCCAGCGGAGGCGCCUGCAUCCCCUUCGUAGGCAUCUACACGCACGAUCUUCUCUUCAACGCGCAAAAGCCCAGCGAGAUUGCGAGUUCCCCGACGGGCGCGCCGCUGGUGAAUUUCGAGAGGUGUAGGACGGCUGCGGGCGUGGUGAAGACGUUGUUGAGGCUGUUGGAGGCGAGUAUGUUGUAUCGGUUUCAGCCGGUGGAGGGGGUUACGGAACGGUGUUUGUGGAUGGGCGCGUUGGGGGAUGAGGAGAUUAGACGGUUGGGGGAGGGGUUGGAGUAG